CGGAGCGGAGACGAGCGGGAGGACAUCAGCGUGACGGAACGGAGAGGCUGUGAUGGAGAAGCGCGCGCAUGGCUCGGCUCUGACGGUGGGCGCUCGCGGGACCGUGCUGUGCAGGCAGUUCAUGAAUGGCUCCUGCAGGUUUGGCUCCAGCUGUCACUUCUCCCAUGAGCUUCCUGCUUUGCCUCCAGUCCAGACCUGCAGAUACUUCCAGAAAGGCUUCUGCUGGUUUGGAGACCGCUGCAGGUACCAGCAUGUGCUGCAGACGGACACGGCUGCUUCGGGGAGUCGACGGGGCUCGGUACCAGCGGUCAACCCCCCUUCCUGGCGCGGCCGUGCGCAACCGGGGCGUCGCGGUUCCGAGCCCUCGCUGCCGAGGCCGCUGGGGCGCCGUGGCUCCGAGCCGUUGCAGACGGACGUGUUGACCCUGCAGCCUGCCUUCGAGUGCCUGACCAUGGACAUCGCUGAGGAGGAGGAGCAAGGGACUGGAGAGGCAGCACCCAGGCCUCCUGAACCACAUGCUGAUGCGCACGAGUCGUCGGACCACAACUUCAGCAUCUCCCCUGGCCCUAGCUCUCUGGAUGGUUCUGGAACCAUGUGGAGAAGUGCUCCUCCCCCAGCAUUCACAUCCAACCCUGCAAUGGCCCAAGCAGGUCCUGCUGCCACCAAGGAGGAGCAGCUACAGCCACCGAGGGCUGAGGCACAACCAGUGGAGGACUCCAGCCAGCAGGGAGCAGAGCAAAGUGGUGCAGCAGCAUCUUCAAGCAGGUCUCUGCCAGAGGAGGCCUAUGAACAGAGCAAGGAUGUGACCUGUGGUAUCUGCAUGGACAAGGUUUACGAGAAGCCCAAUGUUCAGGAGCGCCGCUUCGGUAUCCUGCCCAACUGCUGCCAUGCCUUCUGCCUGAGUUGCAUUGUCACCUGGAGGAAGACCAGGGACUUCCAAGAGGAGGUUAUCAAGUCCUGCCCUCAAUGCAGGGUGAAGUCAUCCUUCUACAUCCCCAGCAAGUACUGGGUCUGUGAUGGGGAACCAAAGCAGACCUUAAUCUCUUCUUUCAAGGAGAGAACCAGCAAAAUCAAGUGCAGCUUCUUCUCGCGUCAUGGCUGCUGUCCUUUCAAAUCUGAGUGCAUCUACCGGCACGAGCUGCCCAACAGCUGCCAGCCUCGCAGGCGCCGCUCACCAACGCCCUAUAGGGGACGCCUGGAGGACCUGGACAGUGACAGCCUGCAGCUGCUGCACUACAUCAUUGCCCUAACCCUCCUGGAGGAUGAUGCCGCGGCCCUGCUGGACGAUGACUUCCACCUCUUCCUAGAGGACGACGACGAUGACGACCUGCUUUGAGCUGGUCAGCUGCUCUCUCCAAACUGGUGCAGUUCAUGGCUGUCCUUCAUGAAAUGCUUAGUUCCAUGUGUAGAAAUGGCAACCAAGAAGAGUUGUGUGGUACACUGAUCCUGAUCACUACCUCUGCCUUGUUCUCCCAGGCCACUGAAAUGGCCCCCCUUCUCAGGUUGGUCACCAACACCCCUGAACUUGUAUACUAGCUCAACAGCCACUUGGUUACUCUGAUUUACAUGUAUUUAAAAUGCUGCUCCUGUAUUGCCUAAAGUAGCAUAAAGGGAACAUCAAUGGUCUCCUUUCCUGAUUCAGGCCAGGAUGCGUCUCCUCGAUGGCAAUAGAAUGUUAUUGGGCCGAUAAGGUCAACUCAACUGUAAUGGCUUGUAAAAGCUAGUGACCACUUCAUUCAGGUGGCUUGUUUGAAUAUGAAUCUUCUGUAAGAUGUAUUUGACUAAAUAUAAGUUUUCUAUCUAUUUAUAGGGAUUAUGAAGGGAGUAGAAACAAUUUCCAUCUUGGACUCAAGUCUUUCCAGGCCUUGUUUGUAUGAUCACUUGUAGACCAUAGAAGUAGAAUAUCAGUAUUUUUAAAAAAAAAAAAAAAAAAAUGUCAGCAGUGAAUUUUAUUUUAUGGUUGAAGUGUAGUGUUUGCUCCAUGUCCCCUGCCCCCGUGCUGCUGUUUUAGGCUGGUCUCGGAUUCUGUGGGACCCGGAAGCUUCUUGGCUUGUGAGCCGUAGUCGUACCCUCGUGUGGUGCCACUAGGUCACAUGACAGAUGGAGUGUCCAUUUUAUAUUUUACAAGAUUGUUCACUUAAGGAAAAAAUAAAAACUCUUGUUCCACAAA